GCAUCCUCAUCCUCAUCCGCCUUUGCGUCGUUUCUGCAUCGUCGCCUGCCCGUCUCGUCCCCGUUGCGCUUCCUCUUCCUUUCUUUCUGCGUCGCUGCUCCGCCCGCACAGCGAAUCGCACCCUCUCGCCUCGCCUCCAAACGCACCCCACCGUCACCAUGGACGAGCCCCUGUCUGCUCCCUCGCAGUCUGCUGCUGCUGCUGCUGCUGCUGCUGUGCCGGCAACACCCUCGACCCCAAUCCAUCCGCCACUGCUCUACGGACCCACAAACCCGCUCUCGCCCAUGUCGCCCCGAACGCCCAGCGGCCGUGCUGUGCAUCGCAGCGAUUUCAAGUUUGGCAAGGUUAUCGGCGAAGGCUCGUUCUCCACCGUCUACCACGCCCAGGAGCUCAUCUCCGGGAGGCCCGUUGCGAUCAAGGAAAUCGAGCAGAAGAAGGUCAUCCGGAGCCGAAAGGUCCGAUAUAUCCACAUCGAGAAGCAGGCCCUCAAGAUCCUCAAGCACCCAUUCAUCGUCCGCCUGCACUCGACAUUCAAGGACUCGACCUUUCUGUACUUUGUCCUCGAGUACUGCGAGAAAGGCGAUCUGCUGCACCUGAUCCGGGGCGUCCGCCACUUUGACACCGACGCCGCCCGGUUUUAUCUCGCCGAGCUCAUCGUCGCCGUCGAGUACAUGCACAAGACCAACGUGCUGCAUCGGGAUCUCAAGCCCGAGAACAUUGUCCUGGACUCGGAAGGACACAUUCGGGUCACCGAUUUUGGCUGUGCCAAGAUUCUCGACACAGAGCCGACCGAAGACGACGGCAACCCAAAGCCCGAACGGAAGCGGUCGUUCGUUGGCACCCCCGAGUACUGCUCGCCAGAGCUCAUCACCAGCCAAGGAAUUUCAUGGCCAUGCGACGUCUGGGCCGUUGGCUGUAUUCUCUAUCAGAUGCUGGCCGGCCGACCCCCGUUCAAGGCCCCGAAUGAGUAUCUCACUUUCAAGAAGAUCCAGAAUCUCGAGUACAACUUCCCGCCAGAGUUUGAUCCCGUUGCCAAAGAUCUUGUCGAGAAGAUCCUCGUCCUCGACCAGGAGACACGAUACACUCUCGAGGACAUCAAGGCCCACGAGUUUUUCAAGGGCUUUGACUGGGUCGACUUGCAUCUGCAGACACCGCCUGUGCUGCAACCACAGCCUGUGGCCACUCCAGACUCCGAGACGCUCGACAAGAUCGCCUCGCGCAUCAUCAGCUCGAUCAUGAUCGGCGAUACACCUGAGUUUAUCCACGCAGAUGCCUACUCGGACGAUGAGUCGGCUUCAGAGGCCGAGCCGACGAUGCCGACGAUUCCCGCAGCCUUUCAAAAGACUGCCGGACUGAAGCAGCCACAGCAGCUCCUGGUCAAGAUGCCCGAUCGCCUGGCCCCAGUGGAUCCCUUGUUGGUGAAGUCUCGGCCAGCGCUCUUUGCUCAGAGCUCGCAAAGCGAAACGCUCUUCGAGACUGAGGCGGGCACGACAAACCAAGAUCCGCUCAAGAUCGUCCAGGGCCAGGCAGAGGUUGAGUCAGCCGCCGUCUAUGUGCCAGGUCGAUUCGCGACGGAACGAACAAGCCUCUCUGAUCAGAAUGCCGGCAUCGCGCUAGCGCGAGAGCAAAGCAGUCAGAGCCUGCGCUACGAAUUUGUUGAGCGGAACGUCCGAAAGCUCUGGCGACUCUCGGAGCUUUUGCCACAGGAGCAGGUCAUCAAGUGCGGCGCGUUGAUCCUGCGAAGAACAUUUUUCAGCAAGCGGCGCAUGGUCGUCCUGACGGCCGCCAAGAUCAUCAUCCUCGAGGGCGAGACCGGCGCCAUCAAGGACCAAAUCAGCCUCGGCGCCCAGCCCACAGUGCAGCAGCGAACUGAAAAGACAUUCACGGUGACCGUUGGCAAGCGCUCAUGGGUGUUUGAGGAGCCGACAAAGCAGGUGCAGCCCUGGAUCGAGGCCAUCAAGGCAACCAUCGACAACUGAGCCCGGCUGCUGCUCGCACUGUAUACCAACGAGCCAGCCUCGGUUCCCGAAUGCAGCGCCCACAACCCGAAACGGGACACCCUGCUCUUGUAGCCUUCGUCUGGGUGAGAAUACACACAUUAAUUGUCCACAACGGCCAUCCACCGGACUGUCGCUGCUGCGACUUGGUGCCACGCCGAGAUAUGCGCAUCCAGUUCCAGGAG